CCGCGGCGUAAGAACCUGAGAGGGCAGGUGGUGGCGGCCUUGGCGGAGUUUCUGGCUGGAGAAGUCACCGGCGUCGGGCGUGGGGACGCCAGACCUCGGUGCAUUUGUCAUCUACCUUGGAAUAAAGUACCUCUUGUGAAGUAAGAAGGAGGAGUCUCUAGGAACAGAAUCCGACGUGGGAGAGAACCACUCCACCGUUUGAGUGUCUUAGCAGAGGCAGUAGUUCCUCGAAGGGAGCAGAUCCCAGCUAUACCUUCAGAGAUUUCAACAUUUUUCCAAGACCAGCAAAAUAUGAAGAAAUCUUAUGAAUCCUUAUCAUUUGAGGAUGUGACUUUGGACUUCACCCAGGAGGAGUGGCAGCAGCUGGACCCUGCUCAAAGGACACUGUACAGGGAUGUGAUGCUGGAGAACUAUAGUCACCUCGUCUCAGUGGGGUAUUGCAUCCCUAAACCAGAACUGAUCUUCAGGUUGGAACAAGGAGAGCAACCAUGGGUAUUAGAGGAAGAGUCCCCAAGCCAGAGCUACCCAGAAGUCUGCAAAGUUGAUAACCAGCUAGAGCAGAGUCAGGAAAUCCAGGACAGACAUUUCAGGCAAGCUCCGUUUAUCAACAACAAAACACUGACUAUAGAGAGAGGUAAUGUAUUAGGAAAAAGGCUUAAUUUCAGCACAUACCCAGUUUCUUCUGUAAAAAUACCUUGUAAAUGUGACACAAGUGGUAUGAGUUUGAAAUAUAUUUCAGAAUUAAUUAUUGAGAAUAACUAUUUAAGAAAGAAGUCUGAUGAUCUCAGCGCAUAUGGAAAAUUAUUCCUUCAUAUUAACCAUGAAAAAACUCAUGUGGGAGAGAUACCUUAUGAAUUCAGUCAAAAUGGAAAGUACCUCAGUCAUAAUGAAGACUUCAUUCCAUAUGAGAAAAUUAAAAAUGUAGAGCAGCAGUGUUUUGACUACAAAGAACGUGGGAAAGAGUUCUGUGAGAAGACACUUUUCAUCACAUAUAAACAAGCUCACAAGGGACAGAGUCCUUGUGAACAUAGGGAAUGUGAUAAAACAUUCUGUAAUUAUACAACCCCCCAAAAAAGAGAAAGUCUUUAUGAGUUUAAUGAAUAUGGUAAAACCUCUGAGAAAUUAUCUCUCUUGAAACAUAGAGUUCAUUUGAAGGUGAAAGGUUAUGAACAUAUUGAAAAAGUGGAUAAUUUCAGCAGAUCAAACUUUCCUGACACAGGAGAGAGAACAUUUGAAUGUAACAACCUGGGGGAACCUUUCUGGGAGAAGUCAGUUCUUAAUGUAACUCAGAGAACAGGCAUAGGAGACAAUGUCUAUGAAUGUAAUGAAUGUGAAAAAGCAUUCUGUGAAAAAUCAAAACUCACCAAACAUCAGAGACUACAUACAGGAGAGAAACCCUAUGAAUGUAACGAAUGUGGGAAAUGCUUUUCUAGGAAAUCACUUCUCACUUUACAUCAGAGAAUCCACACUGGAGAGAAGCCCUAUAAAUGUAAUGAAUGUGGGAAAUCCUUUUCUAGGAAUUCACACCUCAUAAUUCAUCAGAGAACUCACACAGGAGAGAAACCCUAUGAAUGUAAGGAAUGUAGAAAAAGCUUCUACCAUAAGUCAUAUCUCACAGUACACCAGAGAAUUCACACAGGGGAGAAACCCUAUGAAUGUAAUCAAUGUGGGAAAACCUUCAUUAGCAACUCAGUUCUCACGGUACAUCAGAAAACACACACAGGUGAGAAACCCUAUGAGUGUAGUCAAUGUGGGAAAUUCUUCUCCAGGAAUUCAUACCUUACAGUACAUCAGAGAACUCACUCAGGUGAGAAACCAUAUGAAUGUAAGGUAUGUGGGAAAACCUUUUGUCAUAAGUCAGAUGUCACUAAACACCAGAAAACUCACAUAGGGAGGAAACCCUACAAAUGCAAUGAGUGCGCGAAAACCUUCAGUCGCAAUUCAGGCCUAAAAGUACACCAGAGAACACACACAAAGGAGAAACCCUAUGAAUGUAAUGAGUGUGGGAAAUCCUUCUCUGAGAAAUCAGUCCUCACGGUACAUCAGAGAAUACACACAGGGGAAAAACCUUAUAAGUGUAAUGAAUGUGGAAAAACUUUUUACAAUAAAUCAGAUCUCACUAAACACCAGAGAACUCACACAGGUGAGAAACCCUAUGAAUGUAAGGAAUGUGGGAAAUUCUUCUCUAGAAAUUCAUACCUUACAGUACACCAGAGAGCUCACACAGGGGAAAAACCCUAUGUGUGUAAAAAAUGUGGGAAAACCUUCUACUAUAAGUCAGACUAUACAGUACAUAAGAGAACACACAGAGGGGAGAAGUCUUCUUACUGUGAUCUGUGUGGGAAAACCUUCACUUGCAAUUCAGUCCUCAGAUCACAUCAGAGAACUCACACAGGGGAGAAGCCCUAUGAAUGUAAUGAAUGUGGGAAAUCUUUCUCUGAGAAAUCAGUCCUCACUGUACAUAAGAGAAUACAUACAGGAGAAAAACCUUAUAAGUGUAAUGAAUGUGGGAAGCCCUUCUAUCAUAAGUCAGAUCUCACUAAACAUCAGAGAACACACACAGGGGAGAAACCCUAUGAAUGCAGUCAUUGUGGGAAAACCUUCAGUUGCAACUCAGGUCUCAAAGUACAUCAGAGAAGACACAUAAGGGAGAAACCCUAUGAAUGUAUUGAGUGUGGGAAAACCUAAGAAAUCAUUUCUCACAGUACAUUCAAAAUUACAUACAGGGGAAAAAAUUUUUAAAUUUAGCAGUGAGAGAAAUCUUAGUAUCUAGCGUUUCAUACCU